UGAUCAGUUUCAUGAAGAAAUACAAGAAUUGGCAAAAGAUUUAUUUAUAGAGUUGUCAUUUAAAAGUCCUGAUGCUACUUGGUUGUUGCUGCAUGGUAUUGUGAAAGACCAUUCAAAAAUCAUUUAUCAUUACAAAGAAAAAUCAUCAAAUGAUUCAUCUGUUGUUCUAUUAGACGAUAUAGAUUUUCCCGAUUAUUUUACUAAAUCUUCAAAUAACAAAAAUAAUUUUUCAAAAAAUGCAAACUAUAUAUUGGAAUUAAUUCAAUAA